CUUCUGCAUUUGGUGCGGCUCAACGAAGAAAAGUCUUCAGAACAAUCUCCAUUCGUUGAACGUCACGCGGAAGUGAAUCACCGAGAUUCGUGGCAGAAAAUGCAAGUUUUCGAGUUGCCGCGGUGAGAAAAGAGUUUGGAUCACCAGUUUUCGCUCCUCCAGUGUCAUCUAUAUUAUCAUCUCUGUAAGGAAUGUCACGGGACUAUGAUAGACGAAGAGGAGGCAGCGGUAGUGGUAGCAGCUCGAGUAAAUUACGGAUGGAUACCAGUGUAUCACAACCCAGACCACAUGGUGAAAAUUCUGGGAAGAGGAGAGAAUUAGAUAGUGUGAUGCGGAAAGCUCGUGAGUCUCAAUCAAGUUAUUGGAAUAAAAAGCUUCUGGAGGUAGAGGAACGAGACCCGAAUCGAUGGAGGCACAGCGGAUACAAAGAGUUGUAUGUUGGAGGCACAGCAAGUGGAGAACCCAGCAGAGGACAUCCUCGCAGUCCGAGAAGUCCUAGACCCAGGAGUCCCCAUAGUCCAAGACCGCGCAGUCCUCGAACUAGAAGUCCACGUUCACCUCGCGAUAGAUCGCAUACCAGAGGAAGACAGGCACGCAGUCCAAGUACAGGCAGUACUUGUUCCGAUAGAUCGUGUAGCGUUUGUUCGCCGAAAGAACGGCGUCGUAUCGCCCAGCCUUCGCGUUCGCGUUCAAGAUCACUGACACCAGUUCGAGCUCGAGCACAUCCUAAAGAAAUAGUACCGUCGAGUUCCCGAGUAAUGCCGGCUCGAACUAGACCACGGUCACCUCCUUUGCCACGUCCACGCACACCCCCGCCUACACCACAACCCCCACCGCGUCACCAAAAGGAUUACAAAGCUAUUAAAGAAAAAGAAGCCAAAGUUCGACGCAAAGAAAAGCAUCAUACUCGAAUCCCAGAAGAUCCGCGUGUCCCAGAUCCAAUACCAUUGAUGCGUAAACCUGUAAAGGUAGAAAAAACACACUCAAGUCACGGAGCAGCUCAAAUGAUUAGGCCACCACCUGAAUCCUCACCAAGCGAAGAUAGCGAUAGUUCUUCCACUACAUCGCACGUGGGUCCACCUAGAAUGACAUUAUCAGAACGAUUUGGCAAAAUGGCACAAUGGAGUGUAGAUCGCAGGGAUAUGGAAAACAUGCGCAUCACAAAGGAUGGGGAAAAUGCGAUGAAAGUUGUAAUAGAGGGUGAAGAAAGAAUUGCAAGAUUAGGAUACGAUUCUCCACCACCAGGACAUUAUCCUGAAUCACUAUUAGCACAAGGACCAAGAGGUCUUGAAUGUUGGGACGAUGUUCGUGUUAGAUAUGAUUAUUACAAAGCGAGAGGUUACCUUCGAGACCUUACAUUAGACGACUACAUAAAGUGGGAAGAAUGGUGGUAUAAAUAUCAAGAAUGGUUAGAAGCAGAACGAUUUUAUGAGCAAUGGGCCUCAUCAAACCGUCCUGCUGGUGGAAGUCGCAAGAGACGUGGUAGACGUAACAACACUGCUCACUGAACUCCACAAGCCCAGUUACAAACCAUUCUUGAUUCAUAGACAUUGUCAUCAAUAAAACAUACUGUAAUAUUUGUUGUGCUUAGAAAGGACUGCAGAUAUGGUGUGCAAAUGCUCUAUUACAUACAUAAAUACAUACCUAUAUGAAA